AUGGCAACGACUCCGUUGGACCCGUCUCACUUCGCCCCAAAUGCUUUCGAUAUAUACACAGAUGCUGUCGCGAUAAGGGCGCCGACUCCCAGCUUGCCAGGAGGAGCUUGCGGUUUCGUGGACCUAAAUCCUGGUGCCAAUGGAGCCCGAUGUGGAUGCCGGAGGUUCUGGAGUCGUUGCCCAACUGGCAAUCUUGUACCGGACCAAUCCCAAUGGUGUAUGUGCAAUCACCACGCCUGCUAUCAUGAGGAGGGAUCUCGUGAUGUUCAGCAGCCCGAGGUUGGUAUACCAGGCCAGGAGAACGAAAGACCCAGGACCGGAAGAGAACCGUUAAGCCCCGUAGUGGACAUUGCCGUCAAGACGCCCCCUGUGAUACCCGGAAUGGAUUUCUCGAGUUUUAAUGCAGGAGCCUUUUCUUUCAUCCAAAGGACACCAGACCAGAGAUUGCCGGACCAGAGAAUAUCCGCGGAUACCGCCCCAUUUUCACGGAUUCCUGCCAGCCAAAACCUCGGUGCUUCUGCCUCAAUCCCGGAUACCUUAAGCUGGGGUUGCCUUCUUCAGUCUCAGUCUUGCCCUUCUGCUAUCCCACCGAUACCGGCCCAGUGUUUGAUUGCCUCUCAGACCGCAUCGACAACCUCAUCCGCCCAAGCCAAAUAUCUCCGGCCGUUCGCAGGAAAGGGACUCCACACACUCAAUGGGCUUACAGCAGAGAAACCUCCGUCUCCGACUCAGGCCAAUACCCAGGAUGUUCCUCCAACUUCUGUGCCUCAGAACCAGGCGCCACCAGCUGACUCUUUUACGUGGACUUCCCAGGACUACAAACCACCUGACACUCCCCGCGCAACCACACCAACCCAGUCCGAACCCCGAGCUACAGCUUUCAGUGCCGCUGUUUCGCGUCGCGCUUUCAAGAAUCUAUCUGAUAUUGUCAGCGGCCACGACCAGCGUUUAGAUCGGCUGGAGACGGUCUCAUUCACAGUAGCGGGACACGAGGAAUGCCACGAAAAGCAUGAUCACGCCGACAUUCGCAUGACUGAUUUAGAAAGUCGCGUUGAGGAAGUGGAAAAACUUGUCAAUGAUAACAAGAGCGUUCUCAACGACAGCAAUAGCGUCACGUCUCGUCGUGGCGAUGAUGCAAGUGUGAUAUCGGUAUCGACCAGCACUACGAGUCGGCCAACUCACUCACAGGAGCUUUGGAGUCAGGUCCAAUCUCUACAAGCACAGGUGGUGCAAUUACAGUCGCUGAUGCCAUCCCCAAAUCAUCCAUUUGAGAUCGAAGUAGUCUUUCUGCCUUUUCCCCUCAAAAAGGUGUGGCAGGAGGCACAGCAGUUCAAGAACGAGCCACAAAUCUCCAAUGAUGACUGGACGCAAUUACCCAUGACGCACAGCACUGCAACUCUCCGGUCUGAGAUGUCGCUCUACCCUGACUGGAUGGUCUCGGAUCAAGAUACGAAAUGGCUUCUGCCUAAAGCUUGCGCAGACAAAGGCGUUAUUGAUCGACGAUUGCGCAGCCGUGGUCUAAUCAAGACGAUAUCUGUCAAGGGCUCAGACGCCCGUAGCGUUACCAUGGCUAUGAAUGCAGCCUUUGGUCACCUCUUUCGCGAGAUGAACAUUUUCUCUCGUCCACAAACGACAGAUCCUCGCUCAUCAUCCUUUUUGGGACUUCAAUCCACUUGGGUCCCCCUUCGCAAAAUCCAUAAGGACUCACGAUUACGCUUCCUCAGUCCCGCUGAGAUGAUGACUCCAGCUGUGUGGGAUGUUCAGUUCCUGAGCCAAGUCAUGAUGAGAGCUUCUGAGCCUAGGUUGUUCGUAACUCAUCCUGAUGCCUACCUUCAGGACUUUCAAGCCUAUGAAAUGGGCUGGACGUGGCAGAUGCUCAGGGAAAUGAGCCCGGUCGCUCCUGAUCCAUCAGCCUCACUAGAUGAAGGCAAACCCUAUGAAGAGUGCUGGUCUUGGGUUGAGCAGCUCGAUGAGCCACCAAGUGCAAGCAACUCCAUGAGCGUACGACCUGACAAGGCACCCACCUCAUCAUCACCAUCACAGACCUUUUAUCCAGCUUUGCAGUCAAUUAAAUCUGCAAGUCCGUCAGUGACACGUGCUCAGUCGCCUUUGCUCAGCAGACGGGGCUCUCGCCCACCUCACAUUAGAACUUCUUCAAUGCCCAUGUCUGCCCCCAUACAAGCCUCGCCUGCUCUCAGCAGACGCCGCGUUGCGUCAUAUGGACAGAGCCGUCGCUCGUCCCCAGCUCUGCAUGCCAACUCCCAGGCGGCAAUCAUGAAGCGUCGCCGCACAAGAUCACCCAGCCAUCGUUUUACACCGAGAUGGACUGCUUCACCAAGUCCAAUGCCUCUUGGAAUUCAUGAUCGCCAACCAGCGCGUGGCACUACUCCCUUUGCCUAUGCCACGCCGUACAGCAACGCUCCUCUCCAGGAACGACCUAUUCGCGCUGGAAGUGCUGCUCCUGUUCCCGCCCAGGAUGACUUCGACGAUGACUCUGACUUUAACAUCGAGAUUUAUGAGAGCGGGUCCGAAGACAUGGAAGACGCUGAAAGUGUGAACGACAUGGAGAUCGUCACACAUAACCAAGCUCUCGUAGAGCAAGGUUCGCAGGGCUGGCAGCUUCCAGAAGAUGAGCCGUGGCCUGGGAUCGAGGACCAACGCGAGGCUUCAGACGGCGAAAACGUUGAUCCUCACCAGACUGAUCCUGACAGCAAUGUCAGCAGCCAGCCUUCUGAGUAUCCCAGUACACAAAAUGCGUGGCCAGAUAACAACGCGGCCGAGUUUCACAUUCACGAAGAUGACGAUAACAGAUCAUGA